GAGAAGAAGAUGGACCAUCACCUUCCGCCGCAGCUUCUGCAGCAGCAGCAGCAGUACGGUGACCCUUACCAGGCGCUGGUGCUGUCACCGCAGCCCGACCAUCUACACGCCCUUCAAUACCAGCAGCCGCCGCCGCCGCCGCAGCAGCAGCAACAGCAGCAGCAGCAAGCAACGCCGCCGCCGCAGCAGCAGCACUCCUCGCUUGCGUCCCACUUCCACCUCCUCCACUCAGUGACAAGAUUAGGUGAUGCAAUUGGAACAGGCACACGGGAUCAAGCUUUUGAUGCGUUGGUUGAAGAAUUGACCAGUCAAUUUGCCAGGUGCCAACAGUUGUUAAACGUCAUAUCAGGAACACUAAGCUCAAGAUCUAUUACGGUUGAAGGACAAGGUCAAAGUUUGGAAGAAACACAACAAUUGCUUGAUCAAAGGAAGGAUUUGAUCACAAAAUACAGAAUCUCAGUGGAAGACCUCAUAAAGGGGGAUACAACAAGAUAGAAACGCUUGGAGCUCUUGAGUUGGAAUUGCUGCUAUUUGAUAUUCUCUCACAAUAUUAUGAUGGCCUCCUUGCCCCCACUGUCUGAAAUAUCUUAUAUAUGUCUACUUGUUGGAGGCACCUUUCAAGCUUCCAGGUUAAUCAUUGAGGUUAGAAUAUUAUGCCCAUCAGAUCAACCAAUAAUCCCACGGUUGUACAUGAAUAGUAUUGGUGGGAGAGGGGACCCUACAAUACCGAUCACCCCAAAAAGAAAAAGAAAAGGUCGUUGCCUUCCCAUCUGGCGAAGAUGAUCCGAGCUCGUUGUAGCAGACAUGCUUGGCCAACUCCUGAGAUUGAUUUGUGUUGUACCGGAGUCUAUACUGGGGAUGAAACUUCUGAAACUCGCCAUGAAAUUUUGCAAGCUCAGAGCCCCAGCAGAUAACUGAUACUACUACGUUAUAUGUCACUGCCCUGGCUAAAUUCUACUGAAAUUUUGCCUUACUUGCUUUA